CUUCUAUUCCUGUUCCACUGUUAUCCCAUAUAUACAGAGCCAACAAAUGGCGGACAAUCAAAAUUCAGAAGACGAGGCGAGAGAGAGAGAGAAUAGAAUGGAAGAAGGGAGUAGCAGCACAACAGUGGGUUUCUACGCCUUGCCGGAGGGUUGCAUUUCGAAUAUCAUUUCGCUCACGUCUCCACAGGAUGCGUGCCGAUCGUUGGUGGUCUCAUCAGAGUUUCGAUCGGCGGCAGAUUCAGAUGCCGUGUGGGAGAGAUUUCUGCCGUCUGAUUAUCGAGAUAUCCUUUCAAGAUCAGCCUCUGCAGUGGAUUUCCCAUCGAAGAAAGACCUCUAUUUUCACCUCUGCGAUCACCCCAUCCUCAUCGACGACGGCCAAAAGAGUUUCGCAUUGGAAAGACGCAGUGGGAAGAAAUGCUUUAUGAUUGCAACCAAUGAGCUUUCCAUUGUAUGGGGUUCUACUCCCCAGUAUUGGGCCUGGAGAUUCCACCCUGAAUCCAGGUUCUCAGAGGUGGCUGAACUCUUGGAAGUUUGCUGGCUUGAAGUCCAUGGCAAGAUAGAGACAAGAAUGCUGUCCCCGAGAACAAUUUACGGAGCUUACCUAGUUUUCAAGCUGGCGGAGAAUAGAAGAGGCCUUGACAUUCUCCCAGCAGAGCUGUCCGUGAGGUUUGCUGGAACUGAGGGCGGAGACGUCCGCAGUGUGUAUCUGGAUCCUCAAUCGCCUCGCCAGCCGUAUCAUAGAAAUAGAAUGACUUUCAGCCAGCUACUCCGCCGUAGGUUCAGCCUGUUGCGACCGCCCAUGUUGGAGGGUCGACAGGAGGCACAGUACCCGCAGGAGAGACAAGAUGGAUGGCUGGAAAUAGAGAUGGGUGAGUUCUUUAACGACAGAGGAGAAGAUGGGGAAGUGGAGAUGAAUCUCAUGGAGGUGAAGGGUGGUCACUGGAAGUGUGGUCUUAUUAUCCAAGGAAUUGAGAUUAGGCCUAAACAGAUUAAAUAAACAAACAAUAUGUGCUUUUCUUUUGCUUUGAUCUGUAUUAUAUACCAUAUACCUUUUCAUUCCAAAUCCAAUGAAUGUUACAUAUGGGAAUUGAACAAUUAUUGUUUUGACAGAAUCAAUGUAAAACUUAGCUAUAUCAUGUGUUUAAACAGAGUAAAUAAACAAAUAAUAUGUGCUUUCUUUUGCUCUUC